CGCUGGCAAUCGCCAUGGCCCUCAACCGCUUCAAGGAAGCCCUCCUCCCAUGCUCCUCCUCCACGGCCACGCCCAGCCAACCUCGGCCCCGAUCGCCGUCGCCUCCUCUCCCUACGCGGCGGCCUCCCAAGACCUCCCUCUCGCAGCAGCUCCUCCGCCUCGAGGCCACCUGCUCCUUUCCCGCCCCCCAAUCGUCCCCUCCCAAACCCCCGAGCCACAAGGUACCGGAGGAUGCGGCGGAACUGCCGACUUCCUCGGAGGAGGAGGACGUGGCUCCUCGCGUCCGGCGCCGUCCGGCCCCGCCACCAGCGGCCGCCCUUGAGCCCCGCGGGCCCUACAAGCCACUCGUGCUCUCGCCGCCCGGAGAGCAGCCCGUUGUCCAGGUUCCCCCAUCAAUUAAUUGCAGGCUACUUGCACACCAGAGGGAUGGCGUGAGAUUCUUAUACAAUCUGUAUAGAAACAACCAUGGUGGCGUGCUUGGAGAUGACAUGGGUUUGGGAAAGACUAUUCAAACAAUAGCUUUUCUGUCCUCUGUUAUUGGAAAAGAUAAUGACCAUGGCGAGAAAUUAGCAGACAAUGGAAAGAAGACUGGUCCUGUACUCAUCCUCUGUCCCACUUCUGUAAUUCGAAAUUGGGAAAAUGAAUUUUCUGAGUGGGCCAGUUUUUCUGUUGCUGUCUAUCAUGGUCCAAAUCGUGACUUAGUUCUUGAAAAAAUUGAAGGUCAAGGACUAGAGGUGCUCAUUACCAGUUUUGAUACUUUUAGAACUCGUGACAAGGUUUUAUGCGACAUCCCAUGGGAACUUGUGGUAGUUGAUGAGGCCCACCGUCUCAAGAAUGACAAAUCGAAGUUAUAUACAGCUUGCUUGGGAAUUACUACACAAAAACGCUUCGGUCUCACUGGAACCAUAAUGCAGAAUAAGAUAAUGGAAUUAUUCAAUGUGUUUGACUGGGUCGCACCUGGUUGUUUGGGGGACCGAGAACACUUUAGAGAAUAUUAUGAUGAACCCUUAAAACAUGGCCAGAGAUUAAGUGCUCCUGAGAGAUUUGUUCAAGUUGCUGAUAAGCGCAAGAAGCACCUUGUCUCUGUUCUGAGGAAAUUCCUGUUGAGAAGAACAAAAGAGGAGACUAUUGGACAUCUCAUGCUUGGGAAGGAAGAUAAUAUUGUUUUCUGCAGAAUGAGUGAUGUUCAAAAGCGUGUUUAUAGAAGAAUGCUGCAACAGCCUGACAUACAAAUCCUUGUAAAUAAAGAUCUCCCCUGUAGCUGCGGAAGUCCUCUGACUCAGGUUGAGUGUUGCAAGAAAAUUGAACCAAAUGGCAUUAUCUGGUCCUAUCUCCACAGAGAUAAUCUGGACGGCUGUCCUCUAUGCCCCUUCUGCCUUGUUCUUCCUUGCCUUGUCAAGCUUCAGCAGAUUAGUAACCAUCUGGAAUUGAUAAAGCCCAAUCCAAGGGACGAGAUCGAAAAGCAGAAAAAAGACGCUGAGCUUGCGGCUGCUGUGUUUGAUACAGAUAUUGAAUUAGUUGGCGGUAGUGCUAAAAGUGAAAACUUCAUGGGUCUCAGCGACUCAGAACACUGUGGAAAGAUGCGUGCACUGGAAAGACUUAUGGUUCUAUGGACUCUAGAGGGUGACAAGAUUCUUCUUUUCAGCUAUUCUGUCAGGAUGCUUGACAUACUAGAGAAGUUUCUUAUAAGGAAGGGUUAUUGCUUUUCUCGCUUGGAUGGAUCAACCCCCAUGAAUGCACGCCAGUCGCUCGUUGAUGAGUUCAACAAAAGCCCUAGCAAACAGGUUUUCCUUAUAUCUACUCGGGCAGGCAGUUUAGGUGUUAACCUUGUGAGUGCUAACCGUGUGGUGAUAUUUGAUCCUAGUUGGAAUCCUGCUCAAGACUUGCAAGCACAAGACAGAUCCUUUCGAUAUGGACAGAAACGGCAUGUCACAGUAUUUCGCCUACUUGGAGCUGGUUCACUAGAAGAACUCAUUUAUUCUCGACAGAUAUAUAAACAGCAGCUUUCUAACAUUGCAGUCUCAGGGACAAUAGAAAAGCGUUACUUUAACGGUGUGCAGGAUGAUAAGAAAUUUCAAGGUGAGCUCUUUGGGAUCUGCAAUCUGUUCCGUGACUUGUCUGAUAAGCUUUUCACUAGUGAGAUUAUUGAGAUGCAUGGAGAACAUGAGAAAGAUAAAACAUCUGAAGCGACAGGGAUAAGAGAAAUAGUCGACACUGAUUUAUUUGGCACACAAGAGAAAAUGAAAUCUCCCACAGCAGCAAUAGGUGAUGAAAAUCAGACAUUGGCUGACUGUGGAAUAGUGUAUGCUCACCGUAACGAGGAUGUUGUCAACACGAGGACACAGGAACACAGCGAAAAAGAUGACGGUGCUACUGAAGAAUGUGUACAGAUCCUCUCCGAGGGCCUGCAGAGUAAGAAGCAAAUAAAGCCCACGACCAGGGCGAAAUUUUUCUCAGUGGAGGAACAGAAACGGAAGGAGUUCAGCUGCGUUGCAUCUUCUGUUGGUAUGAACGACCUUGAGUUCAGCAAGUGGUUGCUAUCCGUCUCACCUUUGCAGCGGCAGCAAGUACUGGACAAUCAUAGGAAGAAAAGAAGUAGUAUCAUCAAGCGUAAAUGAUGCGAGCCUUCAGAGUAUUUUCUAUUCAUACUUUCUGAUAGACCUUCAGAGUAGUGCGUAGGGGUUUCGCGUAUGUUUGGUUGUCUGUAAAGGUGUUUAUGCUUUUCUUUAGAGGAGGCCUCAACACUUCUUUAAUUUAAUGAUUUCUGCUAAAUCGCAGCUAGCUCUUUUGUAAUUCGUCCACACUUUUUAUUGCCUGUCCGUGUCUCUAAGAUUCACAAUGGAGAUACAACAA